AUGGAGAAGCCCCGUGAGCUGCUUCAUCGCGUGUUUCUGACCCAGGAGUCUCAUGUCUUCUCCCAGCAUCCACACAGUUGCAACAGUAGAGAUGAUAGGAAGACCAGAAAAAUCACCGUCUGUCAGCCUCAGGUAAACGGGAAUCGCCCCCUGCUGGCCGACGGCGGGAACGCAGACUUUGCAGAAGGCCUGGAGGAAGAACAUUUCACAUUCCCCAGUAACAUUCGCCCCACCCAGGUGAAAAGAGUCCAGUGUGGCUUCGCGAUCAUGGAGGUGGCCAAAUGUGCUGAAAGGCUGCAGCACGGGGCAGACUGGAAGCCAGGUUCUGAGGUGGGGGACCAGCACCCUCACGUGACAGAGGUGAUGCUUCAGGAGUUCAGCCCUUCUGGGCCCAUCCUCUCCAUCCGGGUCUGCGGGGCUCCGUGUGUUACCGUCCAGCAGCCAGAAGUGGGCAGCGGCCGGGCCUUGCUCCGGAAGCUGGACUGGCUCUGGCCCAGGGCAGCCUGCAUCAGCACUCUUCUGGAAAGCAGCAAGGGGCUCACAACCCGGACUCAGGCUUGGAAUUGGGACUUGUUUUCCACUCCUCCCUGCCAGGGCCCCUCCAUCACGAUCCUGGACACCCCUGCAGAGUCCGCCCCGCCUGUCUGUGAAGAGCUGGCCGGCGGAGGCCGAUUUCAUGGGGCUCUGAGAGGCUGGGCCAGCAGAAAGCAGGGCAAGAGCCGCAGCCCGCCUUGUUGCUGGCAGCUGAGCUGGGCUCCGGACUGCUUCCCAGAUGGAAAACACGCCACCGCCGGGCAGCUUCGUAAGACCACCGGCUUGGCUUCAGGUGCAGGCUGCGGAGGGUAA